UUUGUAACUGAAGAGCAGCCAGUUUUCAAAGCACUGUGAUAAGACAGAGGUAACUACGGCAAGGUAAAAAUAGACUACAGUGGAGCACACCUCACUGACUAAACACAGUGAUGCCCUGAAGCCUGAGAGCAGUCGUGUCAGACAGACAACCAGUUUGGUUCAAGACAGCUGGAAUAUGGAUAAAUAUGACUGCCACAUUGAGCUGAUAGGUCUGGUGCUGUUAUUCCUGGGCUUGUUGUUCUCUAUGUGCCUCAAUGUCAUCUUCUGCAUCAGACGGAGAACCACUUUGUGCAGAGACAAAAAUGACUGCUGUUACCCACAUAUUUACAGAGAAGAAGGCCCCUCACAGGAUGAAGGCCAUUAUUUUCAUGACCUCAAUCAUCAUGAGCAGCAGGAAAAUCUACACAAUCAUCAUGAGCAACAGGAAAAUCCAAUCUAUGGCAACAUCAGCACAGACAGAAGAGGUUCUGUCGAGGUUUGCUAUGAGGCGAUGACCACGCAACACACACGAGAUCGUUUGAAGCCUUUAGAGCCUGACCUGAAUUAUGCCUCGUUGGAUCUGAAGGUGGCAAAGAAACGCAAGAAGCAGAAGCAUCGCCAUCAGCAAGACCAGACUCAUGGGCGAAGCACCCGUCAGGAUCAGCAGCCAGCUCACCCAACACCCCCCAUGAAUUCUUUCUUGGAAGUGGAGGGAGACAUGGAGGCCCACCUUCCUUCCAGAGACACCAGCACCAUGGUCUCACACAGCAGCAUCUACCAGAACAGUCAACAGAUAGCCCAAGAGACAGAGGAGAUGGAGAGAGAAAGGGGCAUGAACGUGGAGGGGGAGAGCAUGGGGUGGGAGGGUAUAAGAAGGUGGGAGGACAGGGGGAGUAGAGAAUGGAGAGCAGAGCAAGAGAGUGAGGAAAGAAAAGAAAGACAGAUAGGUGUUGGUAAUGGAGCUGUAUGUACACAGCUCUCAGAGGUACAGGCUAUUCAGAGUGACACAGAUCAUUUCAUCAGCAGCUUUAGCCAUGAUACUGACCAACAUGAUUAGACAGAAAUCAUACUGAGACUUAUUAUUAUUUAACUUUAAAUCUAUUAUCUAUUGCUGUAUGCAUAAGACUGAAAACUAUGUCAUCUCCAGUGCUCGAUAUGUUUCAUACAGUUGAGCAAUUUCCUCUUUGAUGUAAACAAGCUUCCUCUUGAACUCUCCAUGUUGAGCAACUGAGGAACAAAAGUGUACCUUUCUGUGCAGAGGAUGCAAUAAAUGUAGAGGACAUAAAGGGAAAAGGAAAUUUUGUGUGUGACAUUUAGAGGUCAAGUGCCAUGUGGAAAUUUUCAGUUUGUUGCAAAAGGUGAGGAAAAACAUCAGAUCAUCACAGGUCAAGGAAGAUCUUUCACUGUUUUGAUGUCUCCCAGUCAUACGUCAACAGAUGUCUCAUAGAAGGGUGUGAAGAAGAAAAAAAAAGUGCAUAUGUUUUCCGUACUGCAGGCAAUGGUGAGGCCUCCAGAGACAAUAUUUUCUUGAAUGAAAGUGCUUGCCUAAGCACACGUGAAUCUGCCUGUCAGUCAUAAAAAUGCAAAAAAGGGGGAAAACUUUAAGCAGGAUAUUAAUGUCUUUUUAUUUUCCAUGUGGGCAUAUUGUUAUGCAAAUAUCACCCACAGAGGAUUUUCCACAUCAAACUUGUGAUAAUGGUCAUUACCUUUAUAAUCUAUUGCACUUACAAGCUAAUGUGCCAUCUGCUUAAAUGAUAAUUUCCCCCUCUGCCAUCCCCACUCAGGAAGAGUAAUUCACUGCCCUGCUAUCUGAUGAGGGAACUGAGCUCUGAAGUGAACUCAGCAGUCAGGGCCUGCAGCGCACUAACCGUUAGUUGACGGUUUUUCAAUAGCUGACUAUGGCCUACUUCCCCCAUAUGGAUUCAUUUUUGGCCUGAGGAGUUUUGGAUCUAACUGUUGCAGACAUGCAGGGAAGCCACACAAAAAUAACAGGGCACUAUUAGUAACUGCCAAUACUUGUGUGCCCAAUCAAUACAUGUAUUGACUGGAUACUAUGAGUAUCUGUCUCUACAGACACUUUAUGGUAUGUGCCAGUCAGCUGGAUUGCACAGGAAGUUUCCCUGAUUUCUUUCAGUGUCAUAAUAAAGGGGACACUUUUUUCUGCUCAAACAGCACAUGAAGCUUUUAAGGUGUCUUCCAGUAGCAGAUAGUGGGAAGAUGAAAGGCAAAAGGAAAAUCACUUUACUUCCAUUUCUUCACCUCUUUAUGAAGACAAAGGCAUAUGUCCCUGUCUUAAAGCAAUAAUCUGGUCCACAUAUGAACACUGGAACAGGUUUUCCAUGCUGGAAUCAUUUAUUGUCUUUACAGUGGUGUGACAACCCCUCCACCUGGGCACUAGGUGUCCCUGCUGUGUCUUUUCUUAUGUGUUGCAGGUGUUGAAUGGAGGGUCAUUAGCUGUAAGAGCCUGCGCCCGGUGUGCUCUGCUGUGUAAAAUCUCCCUCAUUCUGCAGUCUCACUUUGUCUGGAUGAAAGUUAUGUUACAUUGCUCUUUAAUUCUACCUGUUAAUUUAUUGUUUUUGUAAAUAAAUUGUUUCUCUGUAGCGGCCA